GUGGGGAGAGGGGGUGUCACAGACGACACUUCCGACUUCCGACUUACGACUAUACUACACUCAUUUGAAUUUGUUAUCAAAAUUUGUUAUUCACCAUUGGUUUAGUUUUACGACUAUCGUACGGCUCAAAUAAUUGGCUUAAAUGGCCAAGCCAACGAAGGAGAACUCGCAGCUACACCAGCAACCGACGCUGUCUCUUAUCGGCUUACCCAACGACCCAACAAGGUCAUCGAUUUACAUUUAUAAUCCCUACGAAAAACGCACUGUUGAGGUGCCCCUAACUAACUUUGAUGCAUUCGUCUCGCUGCUGAAGUGCGUGAUUGGCACUGGCAUUCUGGCCAUGCCACUGGCCAUGCGGUACGCCGGCAUCGUGUCCGGCGUGGUGCUCUCUGUGCUGUUAAUGGUCCUGCUUACCUAUUGCAUCCAUUUGCUGAUCACUGGCAUGACCGAGUGCUGCCGACGCAUCCAUGUACCGCAGGUAUCCAUGCCGCAGGCCGUGCAGAUUGCCUACAAAUUGGGACCAGCCUGUUUGCAUUGCUUUGCCCGCACGGCUGGCAUUUCGACCACCUGUGUUUUGGUCUUUGGCCAGUUUGGUCUCUGCUGCGUUUACAUUGUGUUUGUCUCAAAGAACCUAAAGGAAAUCGGCGAUUUCUACUUCAAGGAAUAUCACGAGCGCUACUACGUUCUCUGCGUCUGUGUACUGCAACUGCCCUUCUUUUUGAUACGCAAGCUGAAGUUCUUGGUGCCGCUGAAUCUCCUCUCGAAUAUCCUGCUCUACGUCGGAUUCCUGUGCAUCAUGUAUUACCUGUUCCAGGGCCUGCCUAGCUUACAGGAUCGCGAAAUGUUCAAGCCCCCCCUCGACUAUAUGAUGUUCUUUGGCAUUGCCGCCUUCUCCCUCACAGCCGUUGGUUCAAUGCUCGUCGUGGAAGCCAACAUGGCACAUCCAGAAAGCUACCUUGGCUUCUUCGGUGUACUUAAUCUGGCCGUCUUCUGCAUACUCUGCUCGAACAUAUUUUUCGGAAUCAUGGGCUACUGGCGCUACGGCGAGCAAGUGGAAGCCAGCAUUACGCUCAAUAUUCCGCAAAGUGAAGUCCUCUCACAAUUCAUUAAGAUUGCCAUUGCAUGUGGCAUUUUCUUGAGUUAUCCGUUGAACGGCUUUGUGUUCAUAACCAUCGUCUUCAACGAAUUUGGUGAUCAGAAACCCCAGCACAAGUGCCGCACUACAGUGGAAAUCUUGGUGCGCAUCUGCUUUCUUGUGUUAACGGGCAUCGUGGCUGCUGUUGUGCCCAAUUUGGCUGCUUUGACCGAGCUGGAAGGUGCCUUCUCUCUGUGCAACUUAAACCUGAUCUGUCCGGCGCUGAUUGACAUCUUCGUUAACUAUCAGAUAGGGUAUGGCCGCCUGCGUUGGAAGCUAUUACGCGAUAUUCUGCUAAUCCUAAUCGGCAUUGUCUUUGGCGUUGUGGGCUGCACCGUGGCCAUACAGCAGCUGGUGGCUGAUCUAACGGCAAAGCCUUCUUUGCCCGGCAAAAGUUGAUAACGGCAACUUACUAGCGCUGCAUUUAUCAGUUAAGUCCUUAGCUUUAUUUAAGCUGGUCUUAACAUCAUUUGCAGUUGUCGCUGUUGAUGUUUGCUGUUUGCUGUUUGCUGUUAGAUGUCUGCUAAGCUUUGUUGAGUUUUAAUUAAUUGGCCGGGCAAGUGUUUAGUCGGUUGUUGUUCAUUCCAGCUAAGCCAGUGACCAGGAUCUGUGUAAAUAUGACUAAAAUUCGCUGCCCUUUAAGAUGCUCUAAGUUUCGGUAAUUUCUUCUCAGUGAAUUUACACCAUAUAAUAAUAGUAUGUGAACUUGUUGAAAGUAUUGAUAA